CUGUUUAUCUGAACUGGGCUGAGCUCUACAUACUCUCUCUCAGGCAGCACAGGGGUAGAGCCUGCUUUCAAUCAAUAACCUCUGGAAUUCAGAAAUACAAGUAGGUCCCGUCUCUGGCAGGCUCUGCCACACUCUUGUGGACGGCGGACUCCCUAGUGCACCGGUUAGAUCCCUCUGUGUAUUCCUCCGUCUGUCUGUCUGCCUUUCUCUCUCCCUACAGUUCUGAGGAGUGUUUGUGUCGUGUAGUGAGUGGCGACGAUGGCUGAUCCCACGUCUUCGGAUUACUUCAGCUGCCCACUGUGUGUGGGGCUGCUGAGGGACCCCGUGGCUAUCCCCUGCGGACACAGUUUCUGCAUGGACUGCAUCAGUGGCUACUGGAACGAGGCAGACUACACAGGGAUCUACAUCUGCCCCCAGUGUAAGAUCACCUUCACCCAGAGGCCUGUGCUCAGGCCCAACACUAUGCUCACCAAGGUGGCAGAGAAGAUCAAGAAGACUGGUGCCAACCUCAACCUGAACCUCACGCCUCCAGGGAACACCUUUGCUGGGCCUGCCGACGUGCCCUGUGACUACUGCUCUGGUAAGAAGCUCAAGGCUGUUAAGUCCUGCCUGAACUGCCUGGCCUCAUACUGUGAGAAGCACCUGAAGCCCCACUAUGAGUCAGCCACAUUCAAAAGGCACAAGCUGGUGGACGAGCUGGGGAACCUGGACAGAAAGAUCUGCCCCCAGCACCAGAAGUCCCUGGAGCUGUUUUGCCGGACCGACCAGAUGUGUAUCUGUGCCAUCUGUACUGUCAGCGAACACAAGGGACAUGACAUCGUCUCAGCCGAGGCAGAGAGGAGUGAGAAACAGAAACUCCUGGGAGUUGCUCAAGCUGAGAUCAGACAGAAAUGUCAGGACAGGGUGAAGGAGCUGGAGGAACUGAGAACAGCAGUGGACUCACUAAAGAGCUCAGCCCGGAGGGCCAUGGCGGAGAGUGAGAAGAUGUUUGAGGAUAUGAUCCGCUCCAUCGAGAGAAUGAGGUCAGAGGUGACAAAGAUGAUUGGCAUCAACGAGAAGGCUGCGUUCAACCAGGCUGAGGGGCUGGUGGAAAGGCUGGAGCAGGAGAUAGAUGAGCUGAAGAAGAAGGAGACGGGACUCAAACAGCUGUACAGCACUGAGGACCACAUCCACUUCCUACAGAACUUCAACUAUCUGUGUACUCCCACGGAUGAUGGCUUUAUCCCCAGAGUGUCGGUGAACCCAGACUUCUCGUUCAGCGCAGCCAGGAAAGCCGUGGCAGAGAUCAAGGAUCGUCUGGAAGAGCUGGGUAGAGAGGAACUUGUGAAGAUCUCCAAGUCAGUGAACGAAGUCCCUGUUUAUACGACAGAAAAGAGAGAGAAAAGCAGCAGAGUCAUAGAAGUCAUGACAGUGGACAGCCCUCCUCCACCAGAGCCCAAGACCAGAUCAGAGUUUCUGAAAUACUUCUGCCAGCUGAGACUGGACCCCAGCACAGCCUACAAGGAGCUACACCUGUCAGACAGCAGCAGAAAGGUGAUCCGAACCAGGGACCUCCAGCCCUACUCUGACACCCCGGAAAGGUUUGACAGCUUCGCGCAAGUGCUGUGCCGCGAGGCCCUGUCUGGUGGCCGCUUCUACUGGGAGAUCGAGUGGAGCGGGGAGUUCUCCAUGGGGGUGGCCUAUAAGGGAAUCAGCCGCAAGGGGAAAGGAUCACUGUGUCUGCUGGGAUAUAAUGAUAAGUCCUGGAGCCUGCUGUGUUCUGAUACAGGGUACUCAGCCUGGCACAACAGGGCAGAUAAAUCCAUCAAUGCGCCCCAUUCACCGAGGAUAGGAGUCUACCUAGACCACUCGGCAGGGGUCCUGGCCUUCUUCAGUAUAGGCAACCACAUGACUCUCCUGCACAGGUUUGAAACCAUGUUUGUGGAGCCCCUCUAUCCCGGCUUUGGAGUUGGAACCUCGGUCAAGAUCUGUCAACUCAAAUGAACACGAACAUGUGCCUCUUGUUCCUUGAUGAAAAAUAUACUCAUUUUUUUUUAAAGAACGUUUCGGAAUAUUUUUCACACGGUGCCCCCUAUGCAUCAUUUGUCAUUUGUUUUGUUUUUCUUUGAGACUGACUGUGCCACAUUGCUCCAUCCAAGAGUUCUAUUUUAUGAAUGUUCUAAACAUUUGAAUGAGCAGAGGUCCUAAUAAUAACAUUGUAUGUAAACAUAUAACCUUUAUUUGACAGCAAGUAUUCUUUAUCUAAUGGUAUUUUGAAAAACUAGUAUCUACAUGGUCAACUAAAUGUGUUUGUACUUUAUGUAACAGUUAGCUUUGUAUGACUAGAAUAACUAUUUUCAAUAAAGAUGAAAUGACAACUCAUAUAUAUAUAUAUACACACACGUUUGUGGACACCUUUCAAAUGUGUGGAUUUGGCUAUUUCAGCCACACUUGUUGCUGACAGGUGUAUAAAAUUGAGCACACAGCCAUGCAUUCUCCAUAAACAAACAUUAGCAGUAGAAUAGAACUGAAGCGCUCAGUGACUUUCAACGUGGCACCGUCAAAGGAUGCCACCUUUCUAACAAGUCAGUUCGUCAAAUUUAUGCCCUGCUAGAGCUGCCCCGGUCAACACUAAGUGCUGCUGUUGUGAAGUGGAAACAUCUAGGAGCAACAAGGGCUCAGCCGCAAAGUGGUAGGGCACACAAGCUCACAGAAUGGGACCGAGUGCUGAAAAUCGUCUGUUCUCGGUUGCAACACUCAAUUACUGAAGUUCCAAACUGCCUCUGGAAGCAACGUCAGCACAAUAACUGUUUGUCGUGAGCUUCAUGAAAUGGGUUUCCACGGCCAAGCAGCCGCACACAAGCCUAAAAUCACGAUGCGCAAUGCCAAGCAUCAGCUGGAGUGGUGUAAAGCUCGCCAUUGGACUUUGUAGCAGUGGAAACGCGUUCUCUGGAGUGAUGAAUCACGCUUCACCAUCUGGCAGUCCGACAGACGAAUUUUGGUUUGGCGGAUUCCAGGAGAACAGUACCUGCCAAGUCAUAGUGCCAGCUGUAAAGUUUGGUGGAGGAGGAAUAAUGGUCUGGGGCUGUUUUUCAUGGUUGGGGCUAGGCCCUUUAGUUCCAGUGAAGGGAAAUCUUAACGCUACAGCAGACAAUGACAUUCUAGACAAUUUUGUGCUUCCAACUUUGUGGCAACAGUUUGAAGAAGGCCCUUUCCUGUUUCAGGAUGACAAUCCCCUCCGUGCACAAAGUGAGGUCCAUACAGAAAUGGUUUGUCAAAAUCUGUGUGGAAGAACUUCACUAGCCUGUACAGAGCCCUGACCUCAACCCCAUCGAACACCUUUGGGAUGAAUUGGAACGCAGCAAUAUUCCAACAUCUGGUGGAAAGCCUUCCCAGAAGAGUGGAGGCUGUUAAAGCAGCAAUGGGGGGACCAACUACAUAUUAAUGCCCUUGAUUUUGGAAUGAGAUGUUCGACGAGCAGGUGUCCACAUGCAAUUGGUCAUGUAGUGUGUGUGUGUGUGUGUGUGUGUGUGUAUGUAUAUAUAUAUAUAUAUAUAUAUAUAUAUACUGCAUGCAGUAUAUUCCAGUGUCUGACAUUGCUCAUUCUGAUAUUUCUUAAUUUUUAUAUUUUUCUUCGUGAUUAUGUGUGUAUUGGGUUUAAAAAAUUGUAUUGAUGUGGGUAUUACUGCACUGUUAGAGCUAGAAACAUUUCGCUGUACCUGCGAUAAUAUCUGUAAAUGUGUGUAGGUGACCAAUAAACUUUGACAUGAUA